AUGUUUCGGACUUGUAAAAAUAGAUCUUUUCUUUUGUCUAUUGCUUUUAUUUUUCUUUCCUAUCUAUUUUUCAUAUUAAGAUUACUUUUCUAUUUUUUCUUUAUUCUUUUCAUACUCAUUUUUAGCUCACUUUGUUUUCUUAAUUCGUUUUCUUUUUUUUUUUUUUUGCUUCUUGUCUCUUUAUCUCUUCUUUCUUUCUUUUUUAAUUUUGAUAUUAUAAUUAUUUUUUCUUUCUUCUUUCUUUCUUUCUUUAUUUAUCUGCUUCUUUCUUUCUUUUUUACUUCCUAUUUCUUUCUUUUUUCUUUCUCUCCUUUUGUUUUUUCUUUCUUUUUUCAUUCUUUCUUUUUUCUUUCUUUCUUUCUUUCUUUUUUCUUUAUUUCUUUCUUUCCUUCUUUCUUUCGUUUUCUUUAUUUCCUUUUUUCUAUUUAUUUAUUUAUUUCUUAUUACGUUUUUCUUUUUCAUUCUUUCUUUCUUUAUUUAUCUGCUUCUUUUUUUUCUUUCUUUCAUUCUCUUUCUUUUUUUCUUUCUUUCUUUCUUUCUCUUCCCUUGUUUUUACUUUCUUUUUUCUUUCUUUCUCAUUUCUUUCUCUCCUUUUCUUUCUUUCGUCUUUCUUUUUUUUUCUUUCUUUAUUUAUUCAUUAUAUCUGCUUCAUUCUUUCUUUUUUUCUUUCUUUCAUUUUCUUUCUUUAUUUUUUUUUUUUCGUUCCUUAAUUUCUUUCCUUCUUUCUUUCUUUCUUUCCCUUCCUUUGGUUUUACUUUCUUUUUCUUUCUUAUUUCAUUCUUUCUUUUUUAA